CAGAGCUACUAGAACAAAAUACUCAAUACAAAGUAUAAUCAAACAAAAAAUGUUACCAGUGGCAUCACAUUUAUUCAACAGCAAAAAUGAGAGAAACUGAGUAUGGACUUAGCCUCACCUACACAUGUUCAACAUCAAAAUUUCUCUUACAAAAUUCUCCAUUCAUCUCAGAUCAGAAAUAUACACAAUCCAACAGUAUUGUUUCAGCUCAAGUAUGGGUGGUUUUGUCUAGGUUAUUGUGUCAACACCAGCAGCAACAUAGUGGAAUUUGUCUUCCUACCAAAAGAUAACGACAUAUGUAAGGUAAGUUGCUCGUUUCCCAGAGCUGGGGAUCAAAUGAUACAACAAUCCCCCCAUCAAAUAAGGUAGUCCCGCUCGAUGUUGUAUCCUCACUUGUACCAACCAGUAAGGAUCCACCUCAGGAUAAAGCAGAAGCAGCAGCACAUGGCCUG